AUGGCGAAGAAGGAGAAGAAGGAGAAGAAGGAGAAAAAGCAGAAGAAGGAAAAGAAGGAAAAGAAGGAGAAAAAAUCGAAGAAAGAUAAGAAGGAGAAAGAGCACACAAGCAGCAGUGACAAGAAAUGUGAACGCACGAUCCAACGUUUGAAUGUAGCAAUAUGUGGACAUCCCGAUGUUGUCGAAAUGUACAUGUUUAAGAACAACGAAUUGAACGUCCCCAUCGAUGAUUAUCAAGUAAACAUCGACCCGGAUCCUGCAACUAAUUCAGAUGGUCAAGUGACCGAUAGGGACGCCGACCUCUUUCUCUGUGUCUACGAUGUGCGCAAGCCUGCUUCCGUCGAUUUCCUAAAGGCAAAGGUUUUACCAGGAGUCAAGGAGUUGAACAAGGCAAUGGCGGUUGCAGGAUUGGGUUUGGAGUAUAGAAUGGGUGGAAAUACUGACAUCAUCAGUAGUGGAACUGCCACCGCAUUGGCCAAACAGUAUGGAUGUAAAGGGACAGAACUAAUCUCCUGUGAAGGCGACCAGUUGGCGGCUGGGACUUAUUCCCUAUACGUAGCAACGCACCCUGAGAUGUUUAACAAGGAGUCAGAUGAAGUGGAUGAGGAUGGCGUGAAGCACUUGACAUUGCAAAGGUUCAACAGUUCACUUCCGAUGCCAAGGAAGGGGAAGUCAAAGAAGGAAAACAAUGAUAAAAGUAGCUUCCAUGAGCAAACACUGCGAUUGCACAUCGCGGUAUGCGGCGAACCUCAAGUAAUCGACUUGUUUACAAGAAAGAGGUCCGACUUGAAUGUUCUAGUCGACAAGUACCAAGUGUCCAUUUACGUCGAUCCAGGAAAUGACGAGAGUGGCAAGAUGGUAGCUAAAGACUCAGAUUUCUUCCUCUGUGUCUACGACAUAUGCAAUCGUAAGUCGGUGGAUUUUCUCAAGAACAAGGUGUUGGACGAAGUGAAGGACUUAAAGAAGCCCAUGGGUGUUGCUGGAUUGGGACUGGAGUAUAGAACUAAUGGUGGAAAAGAACUUGUAGAAGUUGGCACUGCUGCUGCAUUAGCCAAAAAAUAUGGUUGCAAAGGCGCUGAACUUAUCUCCUGCGAUGGAAAAGAGAAAAAGACAAAGGAGAAGAAGCAGAAAGCGGAGAAGAAAUCGAAGACAGAUAAAGGUGAAAAAAAUGGCAAACUGAAUGGAUGUACUAAGAAAUUUAACAGUGAGACAAUACGAUUUUGUGUGGCUGUGUGUGGCGAUCCGCAAGUUGUUGAUUUAUUUAUUAAGAAGAACGGUGAAUUAAAUGCUGCGGUAGACAAGAUUCGGGUGAUUCUUGACGCUGAUGCUGGCAAUGAUACGAAUGGUAAAGUAAUAAUAAGAGGGGCUGACUUCUACUUGUGUGUCUACGAUGUUCGUGAUCGCAGGACAGUGGAGUUUCUUAAAACCAAGGUUAUGCCAGAGGUGAGGGCAUUGAACAAGAAGAUAGCAAUUGCUGGUCUGGGACUGGAAUGCAGAGGUAGUGGAGGGAAAAAUGAGGCUGAGAUAGGCACAGCUGCACAAUUGGCUAGGCUUUAUGGAUGCAAAGGCACUGAACUUAUCUGCUGUGAUGGACAACAACUGGCAGCUGGAACAUUCUCGCUUUAUACGGCUGCCUGCCCAGAGAAAUUUAAGGACAUCAGGCAAUUUGGAAUGGACCAGACAGAGGGCGAGACAUCAAAGAAGGACAAGUUCAAGAAAAAUGGGGAGUUGAACGUUAAGGUGGAUAAGUACCAGGUGAGCAUUAACGCAGCUCCUGGGAAUGACUGGAAUGGUAAAUUAUUCGGCGUUGAAGCCGAUCUUAUGCUUUGUGUCUAUGAUAUCUGCAACCGUGAGACAGUCGAAUUUUUGCGGUACAAAGUCCUACCAUACGUCAAAGCACUUAACAAGAAAAUGGCAAUUGCCGGACUGGGAUUGGAAUGCCGAGGUGGUGGUAGAUGGAAUGAAACUGGAGUAGGAACAGCUGCUCAACUGGCUAGGUACUACAAUUGUGGAAGUACUGAGCUUAUUUGUUGUGAUGGGACAAAUGAGUUGAAUUUUGAUGUGGAUGAAUAUCGAGUGAAUUUUAACAUCUAUCCGGGAAACACCGAUGAUGGUCAAUUGAACAGCGGGGAUGCUGAUUUCUUCCUUUGUGUCUACGAUGUUAGAAAUUCUGAUACGGUGGACUUUCUAAGACAGAUAAUUUUGCCGAAAGUAAAGGCCUUAAAUAAGGGGAUGGCGGUGGCUGGUCUGGGGCUGGAGUACAGAAACGAUGAGAAUAGCAAACUAAUCACCGCCGACACAGUCAGCAAACUUAUUAGUCAAUUUGGAUGCAAGGGAGCUGAGCUUGUCUACUGUGAUAAAAAGCAGAUGGGAGCAGGAGCGUUUGCUCUCUACGCUGCCGCCAACCCGGAGGAGUUCCUUGAAACCACUAAAAAAGAUGACGAGUACAAGGAGAAGGAUGAUGGCAAGAAAAUGAAAAAGAAGAAGAAGAGGGAGAAGAAGGACGAGAAGGAGAAGAAAGAGAAGAGGGAGAAAGAGAAGAAGAAGAAGAAGGACGAACACGGAAAAGAGAAGAUACCUAAAAAAGAAAAGAACAAAGAAUAA